AUGCGAUUAAUGCAAACCAAGUACAAGCUGCCAAAACCAAAAGGUAAAGUAUGGAUUGUAACAGCUCAUGCAGAACUGAAAGCCUAUGGCAAUGGAAAAUGUGGGGAUGUGCAAAUCUUCCACGGCAUGAUAUCAGUUGCAACUCACUCCAAUGAACUUCAGGGAUUCCAAGAAUUUUUCAAGAGCAGAAAGCCAUCCAGUGCGGAGGGAGAUGUGUUUCUCAGGGACUUCUUGUCAUACACAUUUCAUUGUGCAUUCCCAAAUUCAGUUCUGGGCUACAUGCAUCAGACUAACUGCACUGGAGAUGAGACCCUGAAGGACCUUCCUGCAUCUGAAAUGAGCAUGACUGGCCACAGCUACAGCAUCUAUAAUGCGGUCUAUGCUGUUGCAUAUGCUUUGCAUGCUUUACAUUCUACAAAGGUCAGACAUGGAGAGAGAAGGAAGCUUCAAAGUCAGCAGCCCUGGCAGCUUCAUCACUUUCUUGGACGCAUCUCAUUUAACAACAGUGCUGGAGACCAGAUUUCCUUUGACCACAACAGAGAAAUGAUAGCAGAAUUUGAUAUUAUCAGCUGGUUAACAUUUCCAAACCAAUCUGUUGUUAGAGUGAAAGUUGGCAAGAUCUCUCCCCAUACACAUCCAGCACAAAAUCUUCAGAUAGAUGGAGAAGCCAUGGUUUGGCCCACCCGAUUUAAUCAGGUACAACCUCUGUCAUUAUGUAGUGAGAAUUGCAAUCCUGGGUAUAGGAUGACAAAGCGAGAAGGGGAGCCAUUCUGCUGUUAUGAUUGUAUUCGAUGUCCAGAGGGGACAAUCUCUGAUCAUCAUGACAUGCCGGACUGUUUCUGGUGCUCAGUUGAUCAUUUUCCAAACAAGAAUCAGAAUUAUUGCAUUCCCAAGAGGGUGAGCUUCUUGUCUUAUCAAGAACCUUUGGGAGCUGGUUUCCUUUUGGUCUCUCUGUCCCUGUCUUUGAUCACAGUCUUGGUACUUGGAAUAUUUAUAAAGCACCACAACACCCCCAUAGUGAAAGCAAACAACCGGAGCCUGACAUACACUCUUCUCAACUCGCUUCUGCUCUGCUUCCUGUGUGCCCUGCUAUUCAUCGGCAAACCUGGAAAGAUAAUGUGUCUCCUUCGUCAAACUGCUUUUGGCAUCAUUUUCUCCACUGCAGUUGCUUCUGUGUUAGCAAAAACGAUCACAGUGAUUGUGGCUUUCAAGGCCACCAACCCUGGCAGCCAGAUGAGGAAAUGGGUGGGGAAAAGACUGUCCAUUUCCAUUGUCCUUUCCUGUUCCUUUAUUCAAGUAGGCAUUUGUAUCAUUUGGCUAGUAAAUUCUCCCCCUUUUCCAGAUGUUGACAUGCAUUCAAUAGUGGAAGAAGUUGUAUUGGAAUGUAAUGAUGCCUCCCCUAUUAUGUUUUAUUGUGUCUUGGGGUAUAUGGGCCUCCUGGCUAGCGUGAGCUUCCAGGUGGCUUUCUUUGCUAGGAAGCUACCUGACAGUUUCAAUGAAGCCAAGUUCAUCACUUUCAGCAUGCUGAUCUUUUGCACCAUUUGGUUAUCCUUUGUUCCAGCCUACCUGAGUAUCAAAGGGAAAUACAUGAUGGCUGUUGAGAUCUUCUCUAUCUUAGCCUCCAGUGCUGGCUUACUGGGCUGGAUCUUUUUCCACAAAUGCUACAUUAUUGUACUUAAAACUGAGCUGAAUGACAAAGAACAUUUAAUAAGGAAAAAAAUAGACAAUGUGUUUUAUCCAUCUAAGGUUAUGACAUACACUGUAGUUUCAUAG